AUGAUCAUCUCAACCACCACUUCCACUUUUUCCUCUCUCUCUCCUUUUUUCCUUUACUCGCCGCCGCUCAACCUUGCCGUCCCCUCUCUCCUUCCGGGCGAUCCUCUCCUUCCGGCGAUCCUCUCCUUCCGGCGAGCCUCUCCUUCCGGCGACCCUCUCCUUCCGGCGAGCAUAUCAUCUGGACAAAGGAUGAUUUUCGAUGACGACGACGAGUUGGACGGUGUGGCUGCCUUCAUUGUAGAAGAAGAAGAACUCGAUCCUACAAUAGAUGAAUUUGUUGAUGAAGACUCAGAUGGUGUUGGUGACUUCAUUGUAGAAGAAGAAGAAGAGAGUGAAGGUGGAUUCUAUUAUAUAUAUGUUUGUGUUGUUGAGUUUUGUUGUGUGCAUUGA